UUUGUGGUGGUGUGUGUGGUAGAUACUCUGAAAUUGAUUGGAUAUUUUGAAAUGAAAUGAUAUAGUUUAGUUAUAUUUUCAUUUUGAACCUGUAUCUAGCUAGAUUAUCACUGCAAUAAGGGAAGGUGACUUGUAAUCCUCAAUUGCUAUCGCCUUCAUAUUUCAAUUUGAAUUCCCUAUUUCUAACCUUUAAUUCAAGCAUUCCCAUAUUGUCACUCAUCGAUAUUCAGAAAAUGAAAAUGAGGAUAUUUGGCAUUCCUGAUGGGGCUUCAUUCCCGAAUAUAUUAUGGUGGCUGCUCAGUGUGUGACUACAGUAACGCUUUCUCUAAUUCAGACAAUUUUGCACCACUUUGAAAACAAAUAAAGUUACCUAACACAAAAGUGAAAAGAGCCAGGCACUGCUUAGUCAGUGAAGUGCAAUAAUCCAGUAAUACAUACAAUAUCAAUAUUAAUGUAAAACAUUUUUGACAAGCUUCCAUUGUAGCUUAUUUAUGCACAAGUCGCCACUCGCAACAGGGCUGGCAGGCCCUCCUGGGCCUGCCUGGCACCCAGACUGCUGGUGGGGUGGCACCUAUCAAAUAUAAAUACUUACCAAGAAUUGGCUUUUCUAAGUGAUCAUUCCCCUACCUACAUAUUCAAAAGCUGCAAAUAAUCGUAAGAGCUUCCAGUGGUCUUGUCAAAAUAGGACUCAUUAUAUUGUCCCUGUUCUGUUUCAACUUUCAUCUGGGCACAAUUGUGUUGGAUGAGAGACUUGCAAGCCCUCUAACAUUUUAAUGGACCAGAGCUUCUGCUGCCAACCACAUUUCUGCCUGUUCCAUGCUGUUUGCUUUUUCAUACCAUCUGCUUUUAUUUUCCUGCUACAUGUUUUUGAGGGCUUCUGGUGCUAGGAUAAACAACUGAACUGUUUGAUGACAUGACAUUAUUAGUCAAUACCAGUACUGUAGGUCAGGUCAGUUAAGGUUAGGCUAGGACCUUGGCCUAACAAAUGCAGAAUUUUGUGAGACUUUUAAGUUUCACCUGGGAAAUUCACAGAUGAGGCUGUUAGGCCUUGAUUCUGCCAACGUUGCUCUGUGAUUUUAAAGUAAAUAUUUGGAUUGGAAAGAAACAAGGAAUGAAACAUUAAUUGAAAUGUAUUUUUCUUCCUUGAUGGUGGCAAAGUCAUGCCUUAUUCAUGGCUGGAUGAUGGGCCACUUAACACAGCUAGGCUAACAUCAUCUGUUAGCUUUUCUUAGACUUGAUGUACCUACCUAUUGAUCUUGAUUCGCCUAGAAACCAGAGAAGUUGUUUGUCCAAUGUUCCAAGUGCCCAACCAAACUGCUACCUAUUUAUACCAACUGAACAUUUUCUAUUCUGAUUAAGGAGCAGUCAGGUCAUGCAUCUGGUGAUUGGUAUAAGGCUUGGCUGGAGAUAUAGUGUUUAUUUUUGAAAGGCUACCUCUUAUCAUGCUACAUGCUACAUUUUUUUACCCAAACACCCCUCUCUCAACUUUGUUUUGUGGAAUUAGCUGUUUGGUGUCAGGCUAUUUCGAAUUUCAUUUGCUGUUGCUGCAUGGUUAUCAGCCAAGGAAAUCUGAGGCUGUGUAAAAAAUCCUCUUGUCAAGUAUAUUUUUGUGUCACUUGUUGAACAUUUUUUGUGUGUAAAAUCAUUUAAUCAUGCUGUAUUAUCCUCCUUCAUAUAGAAGCAAAAAUCUAUGCAAUUCAGUUUUUUAAAUAGCUCAACUGUUGAAUGGAUAUCUGAUUGACCAAGCUGGUUCUUUGCUGAUUCAAAUUAUCAAUUCUUAUUUUGAAACAGAAUGAAAAGUGUAUGUAAAACCAUUGAUCAUUGCUGCUUGUGCUGCUCCCUGCAGGUCAGAUCCUCCAUCACAGGUCACUCGGUUCUCAGUGAUUAGUACCAGACACCGGAUAGCCUGCAGCGAUGGCCGGUCAGUUCCCGGGCAUGGGCGGCGGCGGCAUCAGCCAGAACAACUCGUACAUGAUGCAGCAGCAGCAGCAGCCGGCGGCGCCGCAGCCGGGCGGUGUGGGCGCCUUCACCAGCCAGCCGGGCGAGGGCGGCUCGUUCGGCGGCCAGGUGACCUCGUACUCUGGCUACCCGAGCAGCCAGCCGGGCCUGUCGCAGGCCGGGCCCGGCGGCUACCCCAACCCGCCGGCCUACUCGCAGUCGGGCGGCGGCGGCGGCGCCUACAGCCUGGCCUCGUCGUACAUGAGCAGCUCGUACGGCGCCCAGUCGCCGGUCUACUCACAGUCGGUGGCGGCCGCGCGGCCCCAGAUGAGCGUCUCGCCGGCGGGGUUCCCGGGACCGGCCGGCCCGUACCAGCACCACUACCAGCAGGCCGGCUUCCAGCAGCAGCAACAGCAGCAGCAGCCACAGCAGCAGGGCGGCUUCGCGCCGAUGCAGGGCUUCCCGAGUCCGCAGCCCCAGUUCAGUCAGUCGAUGCAGCAGCAUCAGAUGCAGGCGCAGUUCGCCAUGCAGCAGCAGCAGCAGCAACAGCAACAACAACAACAGCAACAGCAGCAGCAGCAGGGGCAGCAGGCGUACUCGGCGCUACACCAGCAGCAGGCCAGCCUGCCCACGCAGACCAUGAUGACCUCCGCGGCCGGCGGCUCCAUCUCCAUGAGUCAGCAGCAGGCCGUGGUACCGACCGCCACACCGACACAGGCGCAGGUGUCUGUUAUGACCUCACAGCAGCAGCAGCAGCAGCAACAAGUACAGCAGCAGCAAACACAGCAACAGCAGCAGCAGCGGGACUACAACGUGGCGACGCUGUGCCGCUACGCGCAGGAGCACCUUCUGGAGCUGGUCAGCCGCUGCCAGGAGCUCUUCAAUGUCCUCAAAAUGCAUCAGCCGCCCAACGGCACGCCUCAGGGGAUGACCAACAGUGCCGACAAGCAGAACAAAAUCAAACAGCUGCUCGAGUACAUCCGCGUCCAGUUUCGGCGACUGCGCGUCUACCACGAGCGCAUCUCAGAGUGCUGCGCCAGCUUCGAGUUCACGCCCGUUGAGGGCCUGAUUCCGUACAAGGACGAGCCGGACAGCAAGCUGGAGGACAAGAAACAGUCGGAGCUGUGCCGCCAGGCCACCGAGGAGUAUAAUGAGAUGAAGGAGCACGUGCAGCUGCGCAGCCGCUACCUGAAGGAAGUAAUCGACCAGCUGCGCAACAUCGUGUGGGACGUCAACACCAUGCUGGCCAUGCGACAUCCCACCUAGGACUUCGUCAGGUUCUCCAGCUGAGUGGACUGCCAGACGGUCGCGUUAAUCGGCCAUGUUAUCAGCGCCAAGCGGAGAUCUCUCUCCCGUAUCAUCCUUGCCCGCUGUUACAAGCUAAUUUCAGCGUGUUGCGGUGGAUAUCCUUUCAAAAGGGGCAUGGUCAUCUGUUACAUUUUGUAUGCCAUGUAUUUGUACAAGUGACUGCAUAUAUGAAUACACAUGUUCAUCGCAUACGUGAUACAGCA